GGUCGGCAAUCGAACCUGUGUUUACUUCCGGAUUUCCUGUAUAUGGCAGAGCUUGAAAACAGCCACUCCAGUUGCCCUACAAGCUCAGCAAGAGCCCCGUGCCCCGAUCCGAGCCCGUCUCCGGUGAAGCGCGGUGCCCCGGUGACUCGGUGCCCGGAGAGAGAGAGCCCUACACCGGCACAGACGCGGAGAGAUUAGCGCGGCUUUACACGACCAUUCACGGCAGAAACUCUCCUCUGCCACCCUUCGCCAAACGUCAAAGUCAAUGCGGUCCUUGAUCAGCGCGCUGGAGCUCAUCCGCGUCUCACUAACGCGCUUUCGCUCGGGAAACACAGAUUAAACCCGCAGAACGCAGAUCCACACGGUGAGCUCGCGUUACCGGGGAACAGAACGAGGAGCACGGCAGCUCUAGCUGGAUUUAUCCCGUUCAGGCAUCAUGGAGUGGUUAAUGGGGAAGGGUAAAGGGAAGCCCAAUGGGAAGAAGCCGGCCACCGAGGAGAAGAAGCAUUACCUGGACGCCGAGUACACCAAGGUCCGAGUCGUGGACUUCGAGCUGAAGGAGCUGGUGGUUCUGCCCAGGGAGAUCGACCUCAACGAAUGGCUCGCCAGCAACACCACGACGUUCUUCAACCUCAUCAACCUGCAGUACAGCACCAUCUCGGAGUUCUGCACCGGGGACACGUGCGCCGCCAUGACCGCCUGCAACACGACGUAUUUCUGGUAUGAUGAGAAAGGGAAGAAGACGAAGUGCACAGCUCCUCAGUACGUGGACUUCGUGAUGAGUUCGGUCCAGAAGCUGGUGACCGACGAGGACAUCUUUCCCACUAAAUACGGUAAAGAGUUCCCCAACACCUUCGACACGCUGGUGAAGAAGAUCUGCAGGUACCUGUUCCACGUUCUGGCGCACAUCUACUGGUCCCACUACAAGGAGACGGUGGCCAUGGACCUGCACGGACACCUGAACACACUGUACACACACUUCGUAGUGUUUAUAAGGGAGUUCAACCUGAUGGACCCGAAGGAGACGUCGAUAAUGGAGGACCUGACGGAGGCCCUGUGCACGCCUCUGCCUCCGGUCCCACAGAACCACGUGAGCGAGAGAUGAGGCCGCGCUGGAGCCGCACCUGUGCCACGCCGGGGCCGGAGGACUGCCGCAGCGCUCCACAGACGCUGGGACUCACACCUGCACCCUUACUGAACAUUGAUGUCUUUAGGACCCAGCCGGGAGCACUCACAGCGGGCCGAAGGAGGUUUAACCCUUUAACCGAGACGCUUUUCCCUUUCCUUCCCGAUU